AGAAAAACAGGAAAAAGAACAAGUAAAAAAUGUCCAGAUUUUCGUCGAUUCUCGACCGUACAACGCGUUGCAGAAGAACGAGGCGCAUCAUGCCAUUCCUCAAGACGCAGUAUGGCGUUGCCCCAGCCGUGCCCGUCGCGUUGGUGUACGUGCCUACAUGUCCCAACCCUUCCUUUCCAGGGCGCCGCAUGACGUGCUUUGUCGAGCCCGCUUGAUGCCUUUUUAUUCUUGACACUGCUCUCAGCUCGCCUCUCGUCUCGGCUUGGCCUUGCUGAUAUUCCUCCUUCUGCCUCUAUCUGUACCAUAACCUAUUAGACUGAUUUAUUCGCGUCAUGCGUGAGCGAAACUCAACGCGUUCGGCCAGUAAGAGGGCCUCAAAGGCGAUAGCGACUAUGGCCGGAGUUUCGAAGAACCGCCAAGGUGGCAGAAACGCUCCGUUGAAAUGUAGACGUUCGAAGAAGACUCCCAGCCUUCCGAAGGGCAAGCUCUCAAGUCAGCAAGGAAGCCACCUAGAGCGCAUCGCGAAUGCGAGGGCGGCCACGAACAAUGCAAAGACGGUCGCGUUUGCGGACGAUCCAAUCCAACGGUUCAACGACUUGGAGGAGGGCGAGAAAGAGGGCCUCAUGAAGAGCCUCCUGCUAGGCUACAGCCGACUCCUCUAUUCAGGCUGCGACCCGCGACCGGCAGACCUUUACGACUACCGCAGAACUGGCCGACUACCGGCCACGGACCGGGCCGUAUUGCGGGGGGCACUACUCUGUGUGGCGGAUGAGGACGACGAUAACCUACCCAGCAAGGCCAAGCCUAAAUAUCCCAAGACAAAGAUACAUGGACAGGACCGCUGGGAGCCGUGUCGGGACAUUAGCGGCGCUUGCUCUUGUUCGAUUGAGAUGGACGCCGAUGGUCGCGUCGAUCUGGGGCACGACGCGUACUGCCUCCGCAAACACUUCUCGACACGGUGGGCUGUGCCAUGUGACCAGUUCACCAUAGACGGCCCACCAAAGUCAGGCGCUACAGUGUCCUGGGGCGACAGCGAUAUGGUUCUCCGGACAGAGGGCAAGGAGUCCGACGGCUUCUGGGUCGACAUCCAGGAAAAGAGUUGGCUGCGCGGCGCGUACACACAGACGACGAGGGUGUCGGACCUGAUCUCGCUAUCGUGGCUCUUGCAGCGCAUCAUCGCCACCUUCGAGGCUCCACCGUGUACGAAAAAGGACGGCUACAAAUGCACCUGGUCGUUUACCCUCUGGAACGUGGAAGACCCCACGUGCGCUCUCGUCAUCAGUGACCACAAGGGCUGUCCCCAAGCCUGGUUCCGCGGCGGGAAAAAGGCCAGCAACGAGGCUCUCCAGCUGCUUCAGUGGCUCGCCGGUACGAACUGUCCGCACCCAUACGAUUACACGCCCUGCGGGAUGGUUGCGUGACGAGGAUGCGUAGUGUGGGAUGCUCGGAAUAAUGGGAAGGCACUGUGCGGAAUACGGAAGUAUCGAUAGCCUGUUUCUGUAUGUAGAAGUAGUUCCAACGUGGAAAUUGAGGGGAUUUACAAAGGA